UAUAGAUUGCACUCAUUUUGUAUACACAACUGCUGUCCACGUCGAGUUUUAUUGUAAAUUGCCAUUUCCAUUUAUAAUUUUACGUGAUGAAAUAGUAAAUUAUAUUUUAUAAAAAGUAAAAUCAAAAGACUUAUAAAAAAUAGCAUAUAUACUUAAAAUAAUCAAACAACCGAAUUAAUUUUUUAAAUAAAAUUAACACUUGAGAGAAACAACUUUCUAAAAAUCAGGGAAAUCUAAGCUAUAUUUUCCGUAAAGUUUCAUGUUACAUAUACACAGAUAGGUAUAUAUGCGUUACGUGGUGAUAACGAUUAGUCGUAAAUUAUUUAUACAGAAGAUAAAAAUUGUCCACUACAAAAUGAUUGACAAUUGAAAAACUGACGAUUUUUUCAUAAUUGAAAAUAAACGAUAAAUAUAAUCAUGAGUCUUGUAAAUGAAAAAUCAAGUAAUGACAAUGAUUCAGUCACUAAUAAAAAUAUUUUAGAAGAAGAAAAAGAAAAUGAUAAUGGAAACAUCAAGGAAACCCAGCAUAUAACACCUGAUAUGGUUUUACGUUUACCUUCAAUAACAGACCACUAUCUGUGCUCACCAGAAGCCAAUACUUAUGAUAUUGAUUUUACUAGGUUUCAAAUACGUGACCUAGAAACGGGUACAAUACUUUUUGAAAUUUCAAAACCUCCACUUUCAGAAGAAUUAAAUCAUCAAACGCCAUCAUCAAUUGAAGAACACAGAGUAGACGCUAAUGCUGGAAGAUUUGUGCGUUAUCAAUUUACUCCUCAAUUCUUGAAACUUAAGACUGUUGGAGCUACAGUUGAGUUCAUGGUUGGUUCAAGGCCUGCUCGAAACUUUCGAAUGAUUGAAAGACACUUUUUCAGAGAUACACUGCUUAAAACAUUUGAUUUUGAGUUUGGAUUUUGCAUACCUAAUAGUAAAAAUACCUGUGAACAUAUUUAUGAAUUUCCAACACUUCCACCUGAGUUAGUUGCAGAGAUGAUUGCCCAUCCUUUUGAAACAAGAUCAGAUUCAUUCUAUUUUGUUGAUGACCAACUUGUGAUGCAUAACAAAGCUGACUAUGCAUAUAAUGGUGGAACAGACAAAAAAGAUUAAAGUGUUUAAUGUU